CAAUCUCAGAGGCUCAACAAUGGCGGGCCUGAGCGUUCUCCUCGAAUCCCAAACCCCAUCCUUCCCAAAAUGCCCCCAGAUCAUCAGCAAAACGAACUUAAGAUCCCCACCUUCUUCUUCAUCCUCUUCCCAUUUUGCCCCCACGAGCCCUUUUCUGGAAUACUGCUACCUCUGCCGCCAGCGCCUCCUUGAAGGCAGAGACAUCUACAUGUACAGAGGGGACAGGGCGUUUUGUAGCGAGGAGUGCAGGUGCAAGCAGAUAUUUUUGGAUGAGGAGAGCGUGAGGAGGGCGCUGCCGCUUGGCCGGCGGCCUCCCGCGCCAGCUCGCGCUCCCGCCGCCGGAAAAAGCCGGCGGUGGCGAGGUUUGCUUAGCGUGGGGGUGGGGUGGAGUGUAAGUGUUGACGUUGCGGUGACCGAAAACGCCUUGGAUUGA